CCAUGGCCAGCGGCAAGAAGCGUAAGUCUCUCAACAUUUCUCAUGAGGACAUAGUGCUCAUUGAGGACGAAGAACAUGCUACAAUCUCAGGCGAAUACAAUCGCCUAAGUACAUCGAGCAACACGAGCUUCACAGGAAAUCUAUCACCUAUAGACGAAACCUCAUCAUCCAGCGACUCAACAAUCGUCUCAGACAAUGAUUAUCCCAGUCCUACUUACGGCCUAUAUCAUUCGGACGAAAACGACGCAAUCAACGCCCAAGGGCAACCACCAGGAUUUCCCCCUGGUUUGAGGGAUUCGUCCAACACCAUUCAUUCGAACAACCAAGUCUCUUCUGGCCAGGGCUUUGGAUUUGAUGGCCAACCUUUCCUCGGUCGGAUUUUGCAAUCCGACAACUCGCAUCCCACACAAAAUCUUUCCAAUCCAUUACUCCAACGUCAGCUUCUGCCCAACCUCUCAAAUUUCGGUGCCGAGUCAGAAUUUCUUCAUGCAUUAUGCUUCAACGAAGACCAGACCUCUGACCCUGAAAAUCUGCCUGGCCAAGUCGGCAGCGCCAAGAACACCAAUCUUCAAGACGGACAACAAAAUCAAGCCGCAGGACAAUUUGGGAAAUACUCGGAGGAUAACUCAACUCACCGCGUGCCGCAGUCCACGCAAAUGGCAACCCGAAAUCAGCAAAGCUCCCCACAGUCGGAAACAAAUAAUACAUUGUCGCAAAACCUCGGUCUGCAACACCAUAGUUUACCAUCCUCCAGUACCUUUGGCAAUGGGACUCUUCAAACAGCGGCCCACAUUGGUUCGCAAGGCAUAAUGCUCACUGUCAUUCCCGGGGUCAAUGUUCUGUCCCAGACGGGAAUAUUCAGGUCUGCGCCGAGUCACAAAUCUAGAGAUGCAAAAACUUCGGCCAACCAGAGUCGCAAGAAACGUGACUGCCCCCAUAACCCAACAUGCUCGUCUCAAAUUCAGUUUCGAUUUUCGGCCAGACAUCAUCCUGAGGAAUCUCAUCCCUUUGAGUAUCGAAAUCAUCAAACCGGCCCUUUCGAGUCAUUCGAACACGCUCUGGACUUCCUCAGGAAGCAAAUGGACACCGUCCAUGGUAUUUGUGCCACCAACGCUUAUGGACCCUUCCAGAACGGAAGAUUGCACCUUGAAAUGAAAUGUGGAACAAACACUCGGUACCCAUUCACUGCCUACAUCGAGCUGGAGGCCCAGGAGUGGCAAAUCACGAAGGCAGGCACCUGCCGUCUUGCGGCAAAGCAAUGGUAUGUCGUCGAGCUGGUAAAACACCAUGUUUAUGAUACAUCCACAACUGUCCCUUCUGGCGGAGAGCCAGAUCCCUGAUGGUAACAGCGUGAUGUCUGGAACCAAUAUGUCAGACACGACUGUCGCUGCAGUGAUGUGGGAUCGUCCGUUCGGUUUGAUUGAGGGCCAUCGGAAUGCAUCCGGCGGAACCGUGCUGCGUAUCAGGGUAGAAGGUGCUUUUCAUGGUGUAGAUGGGAAAUUGAAAGGCAUUAUGUAAACUACCUUGUUGCAUAAGGAACUCAAU